UUGCGGCAUUCGCGUAGGGACAGCAGCAGCAGCAGCAGAACAUCAUUCAGUCAAGGCAGGAGCACGGUCGUACCGCUUCCCUCAAUGUUUAUCGUGCUCAGUUGUUGUGUAUCUUUCGUCGAGUGACAGUAUCGGUGUUGCGAACUCCAUGAAAAGAUGCCGAUAGGAACGUAAAACCAAAGCCAAUACAAAACAAACAAUCUAUUCAAUGAAGCAUCACAAGUGAAACUUCAGUCUACUUUUAAAAGUUUUCUUAUAACUUAAUUUAAACGCUAUUUAUGUAUUUAUAAUAAACCUAAUUUAUUUAUUUAUUUAACUUAUUCAAUUCUUCAAAACGAAUCGUUCAGUAUAACUUCAUCACGCGUUCGAGUCAGUAAAAUUAAAAUUCUAAACCAUUAAUUUAUUUCAAACUACCAAAAAACAAAGUCAUUAAACUUACGAACACAAAAGUAAUCAAUUGUUUAACAGUUCAGAUAACAAAACCAAACUAAACAAACGACAGAAGAGUACAAAUUAAGCACUAAAAAGAAUCCAUUAACGUAAAACUCACAAAAACACACAAGUAGCGGAAACGGAAAAUUGUAGUUUGAGCUGGAAGAAAAAAAAAAGCAAACACAAAAUACAAUCCCAUGCACGAAAGUUGACAAUAAGUUGAUUGCGAAAUUCAAACAACCGGAGCGGCACAAAUCUUCUCGCCGGCAGUAUUCACUUCAUUCGCUCACAAAACAAAACAAAAAAAAUAAAACAAAACCAAACAAAACAAGCAAGUACAAAGCAAAUCAGUAACAAAGCAGAUAGCGAAACAAACAAAACAAAGUAAUAGUCUACAAAUUAAAGAAAUAGCAAAACAAAACCACAAAUUGUGAAAGUGUUCAAAUAUUGAUCUUAAGUGACAAUGUUACCUUUACCGGAAGCCGGUGGAAGAAGCUGAUUUAUUUUUGAUACGAGUGUGUGUGAAAGCAAACAAAACAAAACGAAACAUAUUUACCCGAAACCAACCAAUCAACCAAAUCAACAGACGUGAAAUAGUGAAAAAUAUACCGAAUCAAACAGAUUUUUAGUGAAAACCACGUUGUUUACUGACGGUGUGCAAAAUCUACCUCUCUCUGGAUAACAAAACGAAAAACGCGAAGAAGUAAACAAAACAAAAACAAUCCCAGUGAGCUUAGAGAAGAGCUUCGUACUUUUUUCGGUUCCGAUUUUUUUUUCUUUUCCUUCGAACGAAUUCGGUUUCUCUAGUCUUGAACGUACUGGUGUUAGUGUCGGUGUCUCUCUCGAACUUUUUAUCGCGCGCGCGUGUGUUCUAAACAAGUUGUGAAUUAGUGUGUAUGUGAUCAAACGGAAGAGUAAGAUGUAGUAUGACAUCGAUGAUGAGUGCUAGCACAGCGGAGGAAACUGCCGAUCAUAGUUUGCCUUCGUUCGCAUCAUUUACCGCCGAGCUGGAGCCUUCCUGGGACUACUACGACCGUCAGGAGCGCUCGAACGGUUCCGCUAACGGAGGUGAUGUAAUUUCGUCCCAAACAAGCAAUAGUAGUUAUACCCGACCUUGGGAAAUGGAUUCCAAGGAGCAACGUGUGGCCAUCAGUAAUGGUGGAGGUGGAGGUGGUGGUGGUGGCGGUUUCGAACCGUUCCCAAAGUUACCGUCGUUCCAGAGCCAGUUUCAUGGUUACUCGGAAACGGCUAUGGUUACGGAGCCCAGUUUGCCGCAAGUAACGGCAGUUCCGGUACCGAUCUCCCCCAGUUCCGCUUCACCCAAUACGGGCGGUUCGUUGACGCAGUUGACACAGUUAACACCUUCUCCCCUGACCCCCCUGCAAGGUGGUAUCACAUCAAUCGGAGGCUCUAGCUUCCAUACGCUCAGUGCUGUCAAUCCACGUCCGUACCCUAUCGUACCUGCACCCAUCCAAGCCCGUGAUAUCCAAGGCAUCAGUCAUCAGCAGUACAUUGACGAACGUCACAUACAGCUGUAUCAGCCAAUCUCUAGCUUUCAACCGCAAACCAUUCCCACCGUAACGGUGAUCAAGAAUGAAGUUGUUGACUUCGAUCUCUCGACGCUCAAGAACGGUUCGCUUCACCACAGCAACUUCCAGAAUCCGAUGCUGGACAAUAGCAUCUUUUCGCACAACGGAGCCCAUGUCCAAACUCAUCCGCAGCAACAACAACAACACCACCACCACCACCACCAAACCCAGCACCAUUUGCACCAAUCACAGCACAACCUGGUGACUCCGUCGAUCCAGGAGCACCACAUCACCAACAACAGCAAGCUGACCAGCUCCAGCGCGAACCUGGACAGCAGUACCCACACGUCGGCGCAGAUAACACGGAUCGCGGACAAUCGGAAGAAGGAACGGCGGAAAAUACGGGUCCCCUCGCUCGAGUCCAGUGCCGAGUCCGAGAGCAGUGCAAUGGAAAUUGGCGAAAGUGGCAAUCCGGGACAGGUGGCGGCCAUCUCCAGUACCGCCAACUUCAAAAGUCCCAUGCACACCAUGAGCAUGGACACCGACGACGGGCACAUGCCGGGUGAAAAACAGACAAAGAAGAAGCGCAAGCGCUGCGGCGAAUGUAUCGGCUGUUCGCGCAAGGACAACUGCGGAGACUGUGCACCGUGUCGAAACGACAAGAGUCACCAAAUCUGCAAGACUCGGCGCUGCGAAAAGUUGACGGAGAAAAAGAUUCUCUACGGGCCGGAUGGGCAACUGCUGAAACCGGAAUCGAAGCGCGGUCGCGGCAAGGGUCGAUCGGCGAAGGCGGAGAAGGCUGCAGCAGCAGCUGCUGCUGCCGCUGCCGCCGCCGGCACUGGAGCCAACGGAGGCGCUACCACCGAUGCCAACGGAGCGGUCGUGACGUACGACGCCAACGGACAGCCCAUAACUGGAAAGCGAGGCCGUGGUAGAGGACGCGGAAAUGGGACUGGACGAGGUCGUAAAGCGUUGAGUCUCGGUGCUACCCCGAAGAAUCAGCCCCAGAACGCAUCCGGAAGUCCGGCGCCGGCAUCGUUGCCGCAUCCAUCGCCAAACACCACCACAACCGGGGCAACCGGGGCUCCCAAUGUUCUCCAGACGAGCCAACAGCUGGUGACCGUAACCGGGGCCCAAACAGGUGUCAACAAUACGCUGCUGGCCAACAGUAACAAUCAGGCCAGUCAGCCCCAGGCUCAACAGCAAACACUGCACCAUCAGCAGCAGCAUCAAACCAUACCCGCCACCAAUCAGGGACUGCCGCAGCAACAACAACAUCACCAUCAUCACCAGCAGCAACAGCAACAACAACAACAUCAAGUGCCAACAGGUCUAAUCAAAGCCGACACAAUGAAGGAUCAACCGCAGCAACCGAUGGCACCGAUGGCGUUCUACCCAACCUGGCAAGCCGAUCCGUCCCAGGGUUGGCAGAAUCAGUUCAUCCAGCAGAUUCCGCAAAACACCCCCGCAAUCACACCGCUAAACUCGCUCGAAUUCCAGCCACAGGGUUACGCCGCGUACCAACCGAACGGCUAUGUCCAAACGGCCGGCAUCGGGUUCGAUCCGAAUUACGGUCGGACGUACGCCGCACCACCAACCGUACAGCGCUAUGAAUUCCAAACCAAUCAGAUCACUCCCAUCAAUCAAGUAUCGCUGCAGAGCGUAUCCUUUGCACCAACCGUUACCUACGCCGGUCAAGUCUCGGCCGGACCCGCCGUAGUAUCCCACAAUCCGCACGAUCAGUUUAACUUGCAGCUAAACAAGCAGACGUCGGGAAACGACAUGCCUGGAUAUCCACGGGUGAACAGCGUACCGCCGCGCUCACUCAAUUGUAAUGGAUAUUCAGGCCAACAAGAAUAUGGCGGUCAAACCACUACCCAGGCCAGUUCGGCAACGACUAAUGUAACCAAUGUCAACGGAACUUCCACCAGUACCGGAGCCAGUGGUGCCGGAGGUAACUCUUCGAUGCAUCCACCGGCACAGGUUCCCCAGUCACCGAACCGACAAACCCAACAGCAACCUCCUCGUCCCAACUCCAACCAACAGCUGUACGCACAGCAAUCUCCAAACCCAUACAGCGGUAGUGGAAACAAUAGUCUGCAACAGUCACCAAACCACAACAAUGGGGCUAACAGCGCGAACAACAACAACAACAAUGUCUACGCGCAGCAAUCGCACAGUGGCAUGCAUACACCUUCGCCCAUGCAAACGCCAGACAAUCAUCAGUCGCCGAAUCACAUGAAUGGUAACCAACAGCAACAGCAAUCCCAGGGCGACUGGGGUGGUUGGAAUCAGCAGCAGCAACAGUCGGCCGAUCUGUUCAACCAAUCGGAUCGAGUCAACUUAAAUUCACGAAUAAAAACGAUGAUCAUGAACAAGAAUGAUCCCAAGGAUGUGAUCGGGGGACUUCAGCCAACCGGUCAACACAUGACUCAUCUAGGUGUCCAAAGCCCAGUGCUUGGACAAGGAUCGGCCCAACAACAGACCGGUCAUUUUUUAUCGUAUAGCCACCAUCUCCGAGACAGUCUAACGCCUACAACGCUGGCAACUGGGGGCAGCAAUUCUGCCUCCGGCCAGUCACCGAUACCAAACUCAGCAAUGAUGGGUGGCGGAACAGGCAGUGGCAGUAACAGUACUUCCAACGAUGGUACUAUCGGAGAUGGUGGCGGUCUGAUCAACAGUAUCAGUAAUAUUGUUGAUCCUAACUGGAAGCAAAGUAGCAAAUCGCCGGGAUUGGGAGCAAUGGAGAACAGAGCAGAGCACGAACAACAACAUCAUCAACAACAACAUCAUCAUCAUCAUUCGCUGAUGAGCGAUCUUCAUCACGGUAGUAAGCAUCAGGGUUUUGAGCAGAAGCAGCAACUAAUCGACAAGAAUAAUACCGAUCCAGGAGGUGGUAGUCUACAUCAUGACUCUGGCGGCGGCGGACAUGACGUCAAGCAUAAACUGAAUUCCUCCAAAUCGUCGUCUUCAUCAUCAUCCUCCUCCAAGUCUAAGAGCGGUAGCCAUAAGAAUAGCGAUAAGCAUAGCAAAUCGAAAAACAACAAUCAUCAUCUGGAUAUGAAUCAACAGAUAGACUCUAACAAAUCUUCCAAUAAUCUUAAUAACUAUUCAAGUAGUAGUUUUAUGAGCGAGCAUCACUCGUCGUCAUCUUCGUCGUCGCCGUAUCCGAAUCUUAAUCAAACAUAUCCAGCAUCCAAUCAUAGCAGCAGUAGUAGUAGUAACCCAUCAUCGCUAGGACUCGGUGGUUACUCGAGCCACCUGGACAGCAAACUGGACGACAAAGGUCCGCUGAAUCGUUUCCGACAUGACAACCUAAACAGUGGCUUCAACCCACAUCUUCCCCAUCAGCAAUCGCCGCAUAUGCACAGCGGUGCGUUCCAUCAUCCUCAAGCAGCAUCCGGCAGCGGUAGUUCCUCUAGCUACAAUCUGAUGAGCGUUAAGAAGGAACCUGGCCUCCUCGACGAGGGUCAACCUCCGAAGUUUGACGGUUACGAAAAGAACUACCAGAACUUUAUCCGCUACGGAGACUACAACGACACUAGUCAACCGCCGCAAACUCAAUCUUCCCAGCACGGCAGUUCUGGUCUUUCCGGUGCCACCAAAACCGAGUAUAACAGCUACUACUCACCCUACGGUAGCUAUCCGGGGUAUCAAAACUACCCCAAUUACCACAACCAGAACUUCAACAGUACAGCCACUGGCAGUCCACUUCCUCCAACUCCGGACAUUAGCACACCACUGCCAGCGAUCACUACCCCAAUAGCUCAUCAAACCAACUUCGAACAGCAAAUCCCGGCUCACACUUACCCCAUACCGAAAAACAGUAGCAUACCCCAGCCGGAUAUUCCAAUCAAGCUGGAGACGGAAGAUAACUCCUAUCUCAACACCAGCGGCAACAGUGGUGGAUCAUCGCUGGGUGAAUCUGUGGCGCCAGUGAUCGCUCCGGAGAUCUCUUCGGAACCGGAGCCACCGGCUCCUGCUGCUGCAACUCCAGCAACACAAACCACACCGCCGUCGACGAGUAAAUCCAAGAAAUCCGACAAGAAAGAUAAAGCCAACAAAGAUGCGGCCGCCGACGGAGACACGAAACCCGAACCCGGCAGUAGUAAAUCUAGCAAGAAAAAGGAAUCCAAAGGUACGAAGAAGGAACAGGAAGCCGCCGCUGCCAAGCAAGCAGAGGAUGAAAAGCUGGAGAAAGCUCACAAGCCGGAGGCACCGGAUUGCGAUUGCUUCGCAUCGUCCGAUACGAAGCCUCCGUCCGAGCCGGGAAGUUACUACACUCAUUUGGGCUGUGCAACAUCGCUGGAAGAGCUUCGUCGCGAAACGGAGAACCGGGUUGGGCUCAGUGGGAAACAGUUGCGGAUAGAGAAAGUUAUCUACACUGGCAAGGAGGGCAAGUCCAGCCAGGGUUGUCCGAUUGCCAAGUGGGUUAUCCGGCGAGUUGAUCCCGAGGAGAAGCUUCUCUUCAUCGUGAAACGAAGACAAGGGCAUCGAUGUAAGGCGUCCUUCAUUGUGAUAUGUAUCGUGGUGUGGGAUGGUAUUCCUACGCAGGAAGCCGAUAGCGUCUACCGAAUGCUGGCGGUCAAAUUGAACAAAUAUGGUCUUCCAACGGUGCGUCGCUGUGCGACGAACGAAAACCGAACUUGCGCCUGUCAGGGUCUUGAUCCGGAAAUCUGCGGCGUUUCCUACAGCUUCGGCUGCAGCUGGUCAAUGUACUACAACGGUUGCAAGUACGCCCGCUCCAAAACUGUGCGCAAAUUCCGUCUGUCCGUGAAGAAUGAAGAAGCAGAGAUCGAGGAACGAAUGAACAUUUUGGCAACGAUGUUGAGCCCACUGUACGUGACGGUGGCUCCGCAAGCGUUCCAGAAUCAGGUGCAAUACGAGAGAGACGCUCCCGACUGUCGGCUGGGCCUGAAACCCGGGAAACCCUUUUCAGGAGUUACCUGCUGUCUGGACUUUUGCGCUCACACGCAUCGUGAUCUGCAUAAUAUGCAGGACGGUUGCACGGUUCAGGUUACCUUGUUAAAACCACUGCCACCUGGCGUGAAGCCGGACGAUGAGCAGUUGCAUAUUCUUCCGCUGUACACCAUGGACACUACGGAUGAGUUCGACAGUGAGGAAGCGCAGAAGAAAAAGGCCGAGGUGGGAUCCGUGCAAGCGCUGGAGAAAUUCUCAACCGAAGUACGAGUCAGAUCUACUCCACUCCAACCCUGCCGGCGGCAUGGAAAGAAGCGUGGCAACGGUAAGGAUGAGAAGGCUAAAGAUGGUGACAAUUCCAACAAUGAAGAAUCAAUACCGGAAACGCCACCACCUCCACCUCCGCCGACGAAGAAGGAGAGUAAAUCUAAAAGCAAAAAAGGUUCCUCUAGUGCUGCUAACAAUAACAGCAACACGAACACUAACCCCAACAAUAGCAGCCAAAAUAGUCAAAGUUCGUCCGGGUCUGGUUCACCAAGGGCACACACACCGGGUAAUAAUAGCUCAAAAUCGGGCGGUUCAAAUGGAAGUGGCACCAACGGAGAAAACAUCGACAAAUUGGGCCACGGUCAGCUACCGCCUGCUGGAAAUAAUGGAUCUACCAGUGCUUUCACGGCUCCAAACACUAUCAACUCACCCAACAAUGCGGGUAAUACCAACAGCACACUCGUCGAUAUGGCGUCAAUGAUUGAUAACUUCACAGAUGCACAGCUUCAGUCGAAUCAGAUCUCUAGCACGGUACUGGAUUCGCCGUACAGCUACGACUACAAUACCGGGCAGUACAUCGACAAUCGACAGUACUACAACAACUGGCCGACGGAUUACUACGGAAACCGAACAGACCCGAACAAAAUGCUGGGACGGAACGAAGAAAUCCCUGACACUACAACCCGACCCGGUAGCAACAGUAGCAAUUCAGCGUUCAGUCCGAGCAUUCCGGAUCCGACGAAAGCACCGACUCCGAUCCACAUGGACGACUACAGCACUACCAAACUCAGUCAACAGCAAAACCAAAACACGUACCACACGCUUCAGCAACCGGAGCAAGGAUUUGUGAAACCAAAACCGCCAGAUUAUAACCCCGGUUACGGCUACCAUCCCAACACGCCAAUGAGCUACGGUUACCAUCCGCCAUACACACCGUACGAUCCGUACCAGAACUACAACUACGGCUAUCCGCCACAAACCUACCAUCCCACAUAUCACAACAUGUACUCGGCCACCCAAACGCAGCUGCCAGGAACCGGUCCGGCACCGCCACCACCACCAACCGCAGUCAUUCCAGCUCCUCCGCCGCCAUCAAACUGGAACCUGUAUCCUCCCCAUCCACAUCAUCAAACGCAUAUCCCGCCAACCACCCCAUCGCAACUGCACGUUCCACAUCAGCCGCACCUUGGACCGAAACAGCAGGAUCUGCCACCGGUCAUGCAACAGGCUCCGCCACCACCAGCUCCUCCACCCCCACCAAAGGAAACGCUCGGUGAGGUGACCGAAACGAACGAGAACGUCGACUGCUUCGAGGAUCCGCAGAUGGGUGGGGUUGCGAUCGCUCUCCCGCACGGUAGUGUGGUGAUCGAGUGCGCUAAGCUGGAGAUGCACUCGACGACGGCACUGAAGAAACCGAACCGACUGAAUCCGACCCGGAUGACGCUGAUUUUCUACCAGCAUCGGAAUCUGAACCGACCGAAGCACGGUAUUGCCGAAUGGGCGGAAAAGAUGCGCCUGAAGAAGCUGGGCGUAGCUACCAACGAUCCGAUCGACGACAAGGACAUGCUGCUGAUGCAGGAGGACGACAUCAAGGCGGAACCGUUGGACGAGCUGCACCAUAUGCGGCACAUGGGAGAGGAACACGAUCUGAUGGACGUCGAGUACUCGGGUGUCUAGUGGUGAGAGAAAAAUCUGCCGCCAGGUCGACCGCUGGAUGAGCAGAUUACAACACGAAACCAUCACAACCAAUCGGCGCCGGCGUCCAGCUUGACUAUGGCAUCGUCGCCGUCGACGUCAUCCCUGGCGUCGCUAUCGUCGGUGCCACUGGCGUCGCAGCCGCCAUUGCAGCAUCCGGGUACGGCAAGCACCACCACCCGGUCAUCGUUCCAGCAGUCGCAGCUGCCACAUCAAUGGCUUUCGACGGGACUGCAGAGUCAGCCACACGAAAGACAUGAUCCUAAUCAAUACUACUACUAUUACUACUACUGACGAGGAGGACACGAGAACUGAACGGUGUGAUGCCAGUGAGUGAAUGGGAGAAACAAUCGAUUGAAGGAUUCGGCACAGCCCCAUCCCCCUCUCCCCCCAGACAGAGUCAAUGUACGUACGAUCCAUAGUAUUUUUGAUCGAUCGAAAGAAACAAGACAAAACAUUGCAUUGGUUAUAAGCUAAGGACUUAUGUUGUAACGUUUAGUUAGUUUUUUCAAUCUUUUGUGAUAAGCAUUUCAGUUCGGUUCUGCCAAACUAUUGCUCAAAUCUCUUCUGAAUCGUGUUUUUUUUGUUAUUUUUUGUUAUCGAAACCUGAAAUCUCGACUUCAUGUUUUUCCUCAAAAUCAAGAGAACAACAAGCGCACCUUCAGGCACACAUACACACUUAAAAAUAAUAGGAAAAAAUAUCAAAAAAUAACUUUUGAACAAACAAAUAUUUUAGAGGAAAAAAUAGAAAAUUUAACGUAAAAAAAAACAAAGUCUAUAUCGAAGCCAAAAGUACAAAAACAAAUUGUUAACACGCAAAACAAAAGUUCUGACUAUUUGAACCACUUUGACUUUUCCACCAUCAACCAUUUGUUUUCUCAAAACCGCAAAAAUACUUGUCGUGCGGACCACUCCUGCAUUAAUCUUCUUGAUUUUUUGCUGCUUAUUACUGAUACUAACAAACAAAAAGUACUAUUGAUAACACUAAGAAAACUGCUCUCGCUCUAUGAAAUCUCCAAUUUGCUAACUUUGCUUAUUGAUAAAAAAAAAACAAAUCACUUUUUGCUAAAACACAAGUUUUAUAAAAGCAUGCUGUUAAUUUUUGUAAAUAUUACCCCCUAGUUCCCUGUUUGCUGCGAUCACGCGUGUACACGCACACAUUCGAAAACGGAAUAGAAGAAGCGAACAAACACACACAUACAGUCACACUCAACACACAGCUCCUACGGCGUGUGAUUCCCGUGUGUGAUCUUAGAGAUCGUUCCAAACACAGUAAAAAAAAAUCACUAAUAUUUAAGAGUUUUCUCCUCUAGUAAGCUUAAGCUCACUCCAAAGCUGAGAAUGCAAAUCAUUUCCUAGGUUAAAUCGUUUUUUGUUUCCUUUCUUCUCUAUCAUAGAGUGGUUAUUUUCUCCGCCACCACCAUAAUUUCUCCCAACUUCUAGUUUGUUAGGUUUAGUACAACGGAAAAAUAAACAGGGGAAAAGUGCACCUGCCCCAAUCGAAUGCACCUACACAUUCGAAACGAGUGAACAAAAGAAAUUUCAAAGAUGAAAAAGUAUUAGUAUUUUAAUUAGACUAGUUUUUUUUGUUUUCUCGUAUUUUUAUAACUUUUUUAUUAUUAUUAUUAAUAGUUUUUCUCAUUGUCUAAUGGUGAAUUGAAACAAGUAAAAGACAACAGCCGUAACUCGAAUCAGUUUUAUCAAAUAAACAAACUGAACAAAAACAUCUUUUAAGCUAGUGUUUCCGCUUUUUUUUAAAUUUCCUCUACCAGGAAUAACUCGAAUCAUCUACUAUUUAAACCCCCUUAUUUAAAACUAUUUAUUGUGGAGUGAAGCCACACAAUCACAAACACACACACAAACAAAGGCGCGAAACACAAAACGCAUACCCAUACAUGCAAAGGUGAAUCUAUUCAAUGAGAAACUAAACGCUAAACGAGGAAGAGAACAACACUCACACACACUUAAGCAUACGAAUAUAAUCGAUAUUUGUCAUUAAAUUAUGCAUUAGUUUUAAGGAUAAUUUUCUUCGUGAGUCGAGUUUGCCGGCUCGUACAUUUAAGUUUUAGUAAAACAACAACAAAAAACGAACAUUAGUGCGCAUAUUAUUUGGCCAUAGAGAGUGCUGCGGUAAACAAAACAUACAAACAAACAAACAAACAUCGUUCUGUUCAUUUCCCCCCUGUCUUGCACAUUAAUUUUAAUCAGCUCCGUAGAACAAACAAAAGGUAAUGAAAACCAAUAUAGUAGAUGUAAAAAAAUGCGUAGAAAUGUUACUAAGCAAAAUAAGUAAAAUUAUAAAAUGACAAAAAAAGUGAAUGAAAUGAAAGUCGCGGUCAGACGGCGUAAGCAUACGUAGCGAGGCAGGAAGGAAGAUAAAUUUGCCAUAUUGAUUGAAACAUGAUUAAAGAAACAUUAAUGCAUACAUGCGUAAAGUAAUGAAUACUCAACAACCAGACACGUGGAAAAUUAUUUUACAUUACAUGAAUAAACUACAGUUUUUUUUAAACAAA